AGUAUGACGGAUUACAGUGACAUAAAAGAAACAUUCAACGACAUGCGGCCUCCAAGUUUGUCAGUGAUAAAGAGUCAAAACAUGAUAUCAAUCAAUGUUAGACCGUCCAAAGAUUCCACGGAGUUCGACAAAUUUAAUAAUCUGAAGCCAGAGGUUACCACCAUGUCAGGCCCUGCGGUACCCCCCACGGUUGCUUUCAACCCUCAAACUGACAGUUUGCACGCGUCUAUGAGACCGAUCAUCAUGCUUGCACAGUGUUUUUCCAUGUUUCCCGUGUCCGGCGUUAAUACACCAGAUGCAUCGUACCUCAGGUUCACUUGGCGGAGUCCAAAGAUCAUAUACUGUGUGAUUUCGAUCCUUGGGGCGUCAAUGAUGACGAUCGUUAACAUUCUAAGGAUAGUUUCUUCGGGGAUAACAUCAACAAAAAUGACCAACUUCGUUUUUAAUGGAACCAAUUUGAUCGCGUCCUUCCUUUUCCUGCGAUUGGCCAUGCAGUGGCCUUGUUUAAUGUUAACGUGGGAAAAGCUUGAGAAAGAGUUCUCCAGCAAACACAGAAAAGUGUCCAGAAUAUGUCUGUCCACGAAAUUCAAGCUGGUGACUAUAGUGGUGGUGAUACUUGCCUUAGCAGAGCACGGGUUUUCCAUUCUUCAUGGCUAUUUCAGAGCAAGGGAGUGCGCUAAUUUUCAAGGCACUCCGGACAUCAUUGGCAUUUAUUUCCAGUCGCAAUUUCCGCAGGUAUUUUCUAUAAUUUCGUACAGCUUGUGGAAAGGCAUAACGGUGGACCUCGUUAAUAUUUUGAGUACAUUCUCUUGGAAUUUCGUUGACCUGUUUUUAAUACUGAUCAGCAUAGCUUUGGCGGAUCAAUUUCGCCAGCUAAAUACUCGCUUAUAUUCUAUAAGGGGCAAGUAUCGUUUCACUGUUAAGGCAAUGCCGGAAUGGUGGUGGGCCGAGGCAAGAGUCGACUAUAACCACUUGGCAAGCUUGACGAGACAAUUGGACUCCCACAUCUCUGUUAUGGUUCUUCUCUCGUUCGCCACCGAUCUCUACUUCAUUUGCAUACAACUACUCUUCUCUUUCAACCCUAUGCGAAGCGUCAUCGAGAAAAUUUAUUUUGGAUUCUCCUUCGGAUUCUUAUUGGCGAGGACGACGCUGGUUUCUUUAUACGCGGCGUCGAUUCACGACGAAUCUUUGCUUCCUGCGCCGAUUCUAUACAGCGUUUCCGGUAGCAGCUUUUGCGCGGAAGUGAUGAGAUUCUUAACCCAAGUAACCACGGAUAGCAUUUGCUUGACUGGCAUGAAAUUCUUCUCAGUGACCAGGGGUCUCGUAUUAACUGUAGCAGGAACCAUAGUCACUUAUGAAUUGGUUCUCGUCCAGUUCAAUUCUGUCCAACAAAUCGAUUCAAUGAACAUAACUAACGUCUGUGAGGUGAAGUGA